AUGACAGAGACUCUUCAGGCCAUUUAUGUUCGCGAUCCUGAGACUCGAUCUCGACCCAAACCCCAUACAGCCUAUCGUGUCGAAGUUCAUGCAGCAGUGCGGACCUGGUCUGUCUGGAAACGCUAUUCGGAGUUUGAACAGCUUCACAAUCGGUUUAUAGAACUUUUUCCUGAUAAUCCUCCACCUCAACCACUUCCAAGUAAGCAUUGGUGGCAAUCAACUAUAGAUAACCCCGAGUUAGUGGAGGAACGUCGUGCAGGAUUGGAGACGUACAUGCGAGGGAUUUUGUCCCACCGAGACGAUCGUUGGAGGUUAACGCACGAGUGGAACGAGUUUCUGGCCGUGCCCGUUGGUCGGUCACAGGCUGAUCUGUUUGCGGGCGGACCAGGGAAGCGACCUGCACCUCACUUUUUUACGACCGAGAGUUGGCUUGAAGAGUUCAGGACGCUACAAGGGAUUGCUCGCGAGGUGAGAUCACUCAUCAAUCGACGCGAGACACAUCUUGGUCGUAGUGAGAUCUCAGCCUCUCAUAACUGCACGAUUCAGAGCAAGAAACUACUCACAACAUUGGGUCUCCGAAUCCCAGCUCUUGAGAACGGCUUGACGAACCUAGCGAUGGGCAACCCAGGCGGUGGAGCAAAAGGAAGUAUUAUGUCAGACGGAGAGCUCAGACGACGACAGGAUAUGUUGUCAGAAUUGAAGGACGAGCGUGAGGUGUUGACCAAAUUGGUGAUUGCAAACCGACAGAACGAUGGUGUGGUUGGGCAUCAAGGCGCUGGUGGCAAUGUCCCUGCAAGUUCUGGAGACAGGAACUCGCUCUUAGUUAGCAAGGUAAGUGGGCCGGGCAAUGGACGCCGAGUCUUUGGCAGAGUGGUCCAGAACCUGACUCAAGAAACAUCACUGACACGAGGACUCGACAAUGAGGGCCUGUUGAUACUUCAGCAGGAACAGAUGAGACAACAAGACGACCACAUCGAACAAUUCAAUGCCAUCCUGCAGCGACAAAAGCAUAUUGGAUUGGCCAUUGGUCAAGAGCUUGAUAAUCAAAUUCAGCUGCUUGAUGAACUUGAUCGGGACGUGGACAGAACAACCUUGAAGCUGGGCCUUGUAAACAAAAAGAUUGGCAAGAUCAACUGA